AUGGCGACCGCAGCACCCCAGGCCGCCCCUGGGAACAACUCCUUCAAGGACAAGGAGAAGCCCAUGGCCGUGCGAACGUCCAACAUUCUCGCUGCGAGAGCCGUUUCCGAUGCUAUUAGAACUUCUCUGGGACCCAGGGGAAUGGACAAGAUGAUCCAAACUCCCAAGGGCAACACCAUCAUCACCAACGAUGGAAACACUAUGCUGAAGGAUAUGAGCGUCAUGCACCCCGCUGCUAGGAUGCUGGUCGAUCUGAGUGCCGCCCAGGAUGUCGAGGCUGGAGAUGGAACUACAUCGGUUGUUGUCAUCGCCGGAAGCCUGCUGGGCGCCGCGGAGCGUCUGUUGUCUAAGGGCAUUCACCCCACCGUCAUCUCGGAGUCCUUCCAACGAGCCGCGGGCGCUGCCGUCGAGAUCCUUCACAACAUGUCCCGACCGAUCAACCUCGCUGACCGUUCGACUCUCCUCCAAGCCGCCUCUACCUCGCUUUCCUCGAAGAUUGUGGCCCAGCACUCUGGUCUUCUCGGCCCCAUGGCCGUCGACUCGGUAUUGAAGGUUGUCGACCCUAAGACCGCGGAGAACGUGGACCUUAGAAACAUUCGGAUUAUCAAGAAGGUUGGCGGUACGAUUGAGGAUAGUGAGAUGGUGGACGGUCUGGUGUUGAACCAGCCCGUCAUCAAGAGCAGCGGUGGUCCCACAAGAACCGAGAAGGCCCGGAUAGGAUUGAUUCAGUUCCAACUGAGCCCUCCCAAGCCUGACAUGGAGAACCAGAUCGUGGUGAACGACUACCGUCAAAUGGACAAGAUUCUCAAGGAAGAGCGCCAAUAUCUGCUUAACAUGGUCAAAAAGAUCCAGAAGACGAAGUGCAAUGUCCUCCUUAUUCAGAAAUCGAUCCUCCGUGAUGCCGUUAACGAACUGUCGCUUCACUUCCUUUCUCGUCUGAAAAUCCUUGCGGUCAAGGACAUCGAGCGCGACGAGAUUGAGUUCCUGUGCAAGAGUCUUGGCUGCAAGCCCAUUGCCAACAUCGACUCCUUUACCGAAGAUAAGCUGGGUACUGCCGACCUGGUUGAGGAGGUCCAGUCCUCCGGCGCUCGCUACGUGAAGAUCACCGGCAUCAAGGCCCCCGCCGCCUCUGCCAACCAGACCGUGUCGAUUGUCGCCCGCGGUGCCAACAACCUCAUUCUCGACGAGGCUGAGCGUUCCUUGCACGACGCUCUGUGUGUCAUCCGCUGCUUGGUCAAGAAGCGUGCUCUCAUCGCGGGUGGUGGUGCUCCGGAGGUUCAGGUGGCCCACGCUCUCGCCAUGCAAGCUCGUGAGCUUACCGGCACGGAAGCCAUCUGCUGGAAGGCCUUUGCCGACGCGAUGGAAGUUAUCCCCACCACCCUCGCCGAGAACGCCGGUCUCAACUCGAUCAAGGUCGUCACGGACCUGCGUCACCGUCAUGCCCAGGGCCAGCACAACGCUGGUGUCAGCAUCCGCAGCGGCGGUGUGAAGGACGAUAUCACCGAGGAGAACAUCCUGCAGCCUCUCUUGGUGAGCACCAGCGCCAUUGAGCUGGCAGCCGAGACGGUUAAGAUGAUUAUGAGAAUUGAUGACAUUGCUUUGUCGCGGUAA